AUGGGAUGUAGCGGGCGGCUGCUGGGAGCCGCCGGGGGCCGCGGCGCCUCGCUGCUGCUCACCAUGAUCCUGUUCUUCACCUACUUCUUGUCCUGCCUGCCCGGGCCCUGCGAGCCGCUGCCGCCCGCGCUGCUGCCGCCGCCGCCGCCCGCUGCGCUGCCCGCGGGCCCGGGGGAGGCGGCGGCGGGCGCGGGGGGCGCGGGGGGCGCGGGGGGCGGCAGCCGCCGCUUCCCCCAGGCCAUCAUCGUGGGCGUGAAGAAGGGCGGGACGCGGGCGCUGCUCGAGUUCCUGCGGGCGCACCCCGGGGUGCGGGCGGUGGGCGCCGAGCCCCACUUCUUCGACAGGUGCUACGAGAAGGGGCUGCGCUGGUACAGGAGCCUGAUGCCACGGACCCUGGAUGGACAGAUCACCAUGGAGAAGACUCCCAGCUACUUUGUGACCAAGGAGGCCCCGCGGCGCAUCCACAACAUGUCCCAGGACACGAAGCUGAUCGUGGUGGUGCGCGACCCCGUCACCCGCGCCAUCUCGGACUACACGCAGACCCUGUCCAAAAACCCCUCCAUCCCCAGCUUCCAGGCCCUGGCCUUCAAAAACCUCAGCACGGGACUGAUCGACACCAGCUGGAGCGCGGUGCGGAUCGGCAUCUACGCCAAGCACCUGGAGAACUGGCUGCAGUUCUUCCCCCUCUCCAGGUUCCUGUUCGUCAGCGGGGAGAGGCUGGUCAGCGACCCCGCCGGGGAGAUGGGCCGUGUCCAGGACUUCCUGGGGCUCCAGAGGCUGGUGACAGACAGACAUUUCUACUUUAACGAGACCAAGGGCUUUCCGUGCCUGAAGAAGCCCGAGGGGGGGAGCAAACCCCGGUGUCUGGGCAAGUCCAAGGGGCGGCCGCACCCCACCAUCGACGGGCAGGUGGUGCAGCGCCUGCGCGAGUUCUACAGACCCUUCAACAUGAAGUUCUACCAGAUGACAGGCCAGGAUUUUGGGUGGGACUGAGCCCAUCCCCAGGGCACGCUGCCGGGCUGGCACCUGGGCUGCCAGGACUGCUGUCCAGGGAUGUCUGUGGUCAUCAUUGGCCAGGGAUGCCUGUGGUCACUGUGAUCCAGGGAUGCCUGUGGUCAUCGUGGUCUGGGGAUGCCUGUGGUCAUCAUUGUCCAGGGAUGCCUGUGGUCACUGUGAUCCAGGGAUGCCUGUGGUCAUUGUGGUCAAAUGAUGCCUGUGGUUAUCAUUGUCCAGGGAUGCCCAUGGUCAUCAUGGCCCAGGGAUGCCUGUGGUCAAUGGAUGCCCAUGGUCAUUGUCCAGAGAUGCCUGUGGUCAUCAUGGUCCAAGAAUGCCCGUGGUCAUCAUGGUCCAGGGAUGCCCAUGGUCACUAUAGUCAAGGGAUGCCCGUGGUCAUCAUUGUCCAGGGAUUCCCGUGGUCACUGUGGUCAAGGGAUGCCCGUGGCCACCCCACCAGCACCCUCCUCCCUUUGUUCUAAUUUAUAUGGGACCUUUUCUGGCAAGAAACGGACUUUUCUGGAGUAGAGAGAAAUAUUUAAUAAAACCUCAGAUGAGCCCUCUCCCCUCCCUGAGCAGAUUAAAUAUUCUUCCAUAUAAA